AUGAAAUGGUGUGUUUCAUCAAAGGAUCUGUCUCGGCCAACAUCAGAAGUUAAUCUCCCAGAUGGGCUAUUGGCAGUUCCUCUUUUACGUCAUCAGAGAAUUGCUCUAUCGUGGAUGGUUAAAAAGGAAACAUCAAGUUUACGUUCUUCCGGAGGAAUUCUUGCAGAUGAUCAGGGUCUUGGAAAAACUGUGUCAACUAUUGCUUUAAUACUAAAGGAAAGGUCUCCGUUGCUCGAGACGUGCAACACUGCACAAAAUAGUGUAUUAGAAAUUAUGGAUUUGGAUGAUGAUCCACUUCCUGAGAAUGGUGUAAUGACGAAGGAAUUUGACGCGCGUCAAGAUAUAUCUAGAAAUGGAAAAGCGAUCACAAGUGUGAAUUCUUCGGUUCAUGCAAAAGGCAGGCCAUCUGCAGGAACUCUUGUUAUUUGUCCAACCAGUGUCCUGCGACAGUGGGCUGACGAACUGGCUAAUAAAGUAACAUGGAGAGCAAAUCUCUCUGUGCUUGUGUACCAUGGAAGCAAUCGAAUCAAAGAUCAUCAUGAGCUUGCCAAGUAUGAUGUUGUUUUGACUACUUAUUCAAUUGUUAGCCUAGAGGUCCCUAAAGAUGACGGAGAAAAAGAAACUAUUGAAGAUCGUGCUACGACGAGUAAGAAAAGGAAAUGCCCUUCUAGCUCAAAAAGCGGAAAGAAGAAGGAUGAUGCGGGUCCUCUUGCAAAAGUAGCCUGGUAUAGAGUCGUCCUUGAUGAGGCCCAAAGUAUAAAGAAUCACAUAACUCUUGUUUCAAAGGCUUGCUGGGGUCUUAGAGCUAAGCGCAUAUGGUGCUUGUCCGGAACUCCAAUCCAGAAUUCAAUUGAUGAUCUCUACAGUUACUUUAGAUUUCUAAGAUAUUAUCCUUAUGAUGAGCUCACAACAUUCUGUUCAAAAAUCAAGGUUCCUAUCACCAAUAAUCCAUCAAUAGGGUAUGUGAAGCUGCAAGCUAUCUUAAAAGUGAUCAUGUUACGUCGGACAAAAGCCACAAUUCUUGAUGGGGAGCCUAUUAUAUCUUUGCCACCUAAACAUGUGAAGUGCAAAAGAGUGAAAUUUUCACAGGAGGAACAUGACUUCUAUUCCAAGCUAGAGACUGAUUCACGUGCACAAUUUCAGGUACAGAAUGUGAAGCAAAACUACGUUCACAUUUUAUCGAUGCUUUUGCGCCUUAGACAAGCUUGCAACCACCCUCAACUUGUUAAGGGUUACAAUUCUACUUCUCACUGGACAUCUUCAGUUGAGACGACCGUUAAGAUUCCUCGGGAAAGACAGCUUAUUCUUUUGAAAUGUUUAGAGGCUUGCGUGGCUCUUUGUGGUAUCUGUAAUGAUGUUCCUGAAGAUGCUGUUGUUUCAGUCUGUGGUCAUAUUUUCUGUAACCAAUGCAUUUCCGAACAUCUAACUGGUGAGGACAUUCAGUGCCCUGCUACAAACUGCAAAACUGAACUUAGCGGGUCUUCAGUGUUUUCCGAAGCCACACUGAACAAUUCUUUAUCUGAUCGGUCUUGUGAUCUUUUGCUUGGUACCUCCGGUUCUGAGGUUGAGGAUUCUGAACCUUUUUCAAAGACUCGGCCAAUUUAUUCUUCAAAAAUAAUAGCUGCACUUAAGGCGUUGCAGUCAUUUAAUAAGCGGAAAUGCCAUACUUCCCAAGAAACUUGUAUGCUGAACACUUCUAAGGAAAGUACUGCUUGCAACUCCACUUCGUCUUGUGAUGUUCCCAAAAAGAAAGCUAUAGUGUUUUCUCAGUGGACGGGGAUGCUAGAUUUUCUUGGUUCCAUUCCAUGUAAGCUGCAUCAAAUAUUUAAGGAAAAGAAGCGAGAGAUGAUUGCAUCUGCGUUAGGAGAGGAUGAAAGUGGUGGUCGUCUUAGUUGUCUUACAGUGGAUGAUUUAAAAUACUUGUUCAUGAUGUGA